AUGGACUCAAACAACGGGUACUUGGAGCCAAGGAAGGUUCCGACCCCUUCUGAAAGCGGUUUGGCCAAAAUCAAGUUGUCCAAAGUGGAGUCGGACGAUGCAGAAUACGCGGAGCCGUACUCGGUCCAAAUCGAGAUGCCCUCAAGGGUCCCAGUUGCCCCCGAGGGAAGGAGGUGUUCAAAAUUAGCCUUGAAGGUCACCUUGGGCGUCUGCCUCCUCCUAGGAGUGGUCAUCGCCAUUUUCACCGCCAAACAAAUAUUUCGGGAGAUUGGUCUGGAAACUGCUUUGAACGACGCGAACCAGAGACUUGACCAUUUGGACAACAUUUUCAAUCUGCAUGAACAAUACGUCAGUUAUAAACUUUGGCUUGACUGUCCCCUUGCUCGGAGAUCGGCAAAAACGAUGCUCACACUCUCCAAUGGCAAAACGUAUUCUUUCCACACAAGAAAGGGAAAUUGGUUGGAGGCUUUCGGAAAAUGCGCGGAAAGGGGACUCCAUUUGGCCCUCUUAAAGAACCAAAUCGACGUGAACGUGGUUUACAAUAAGGCCAAGGAAAUAGACCCCUCCAGCUGGUGGUUUGUGGCUGCGAAAAACUACGGAGUGGGAAAUGUAUUUGACUACCGUUGGCCCGAUGGGUCCAAAUUGGAGACGGGAGAUGCGAUGUGGGCCGAGUACGCCGACAGGUCUUUGGGCUGCGUCGAAUUAAUCACCGGGGAAAGCAUCCGACUCCACUGCACGCGGUGCAACGACCGAGGGGUUUAUUUCAUUUGCGAGUUGCCAACAGAGUGCUACUGAAAUUUGCAAAAAAAUAGGUUUUGAUAGCUAAUUAAGCUUUGAACCAGAGAGGGUUCACCGCAUUUUGCAACGCGACAUUAGGGGUUGGCCAAAUUAAUUGUUCAACUACUUGUAAUAAUUAUUUUCCUUCUUUACUACUAGUUGAAAGGAGUCCAAUAAUGAAGCGGCGCUCUUUCAAUAAUAUUUAAAACUUUAAGGAGAUUUUUUUAUUGACUUUGUUCUAUUGUCAAGUAUUUCAAAGGCGCGACGCAGAUGAGAGUGUUUUCCAGAUGUAGAAGAGCAGCGGCGGUUUCAGAAAAAGGAACUAUAUAUUUUAAAUUAUAAAAUGAAUUAUUUAUUUAUGCUUUUAAGCUUUUAUUUUUAUGUGUCUCAAUUAUAAUAGAUUGUAAAGGGAUGAUUGAUUGGUUUGAUUUUAAAUUUUGUUUUUAAUUAACUAGCAAAUUUUUUAUUUAAUAACUGAUUUAUCUUUAAUAUAAUUUAUAUUACAAUUUCUAAAUAUCCAUAGGGAUUUCCUAAGAUUUAAAUUCUUACAUUGAAAUUAUUUGAUUUUAUUUUGUUGAUAGCAAAUUCUAAAACAGAUUAAAAUAAUACUCAGUUUCGUCAAAUUUAUUAUGUUGCA